AUGGUAGUUCAAAAGCUCGAAGGGCAAGCUUGCCUUCGAGCUGCUGGCCUAUCCUGGGCUGCUUCUCUGGCUCUAACACUUUCGGCGCUGACACUUCAGCAGAAGCCACGGAAUGACCCCUUAAAGCUUCGAAGACAGCUCGAAGAGCACCAAAGUCCAAGAAGCCACCCAAGGCACUCCACAAACUCCAUGACGAGAAGAUCGAUGAUGGGUUUCCAAGUGCCCGGAAGGCAGCGGACACCCUUCAAAAGGAAUCGUUUGUACGUCGAAAAUCGAGCUGCCCUCGCUGAAGCUCGUGUUUUGGUUUUGGCCUCCCUUUUUUGGAUGGCCGUCUACGUUGUUGGACCACUAUGGAUCCUUCCAUUAGUUCCACUUGUUCCAUUUGUUCCAUGUGUGCAGCUGGCCGCUUCGAGAGUUUCAGCGGUCCGGCGGCUGGGGCGGCGCUCACGCGGCAGCAGCGGCGUAUGGAAAGCAAUCAAAGUCGCCUUGCUCGCGACCUUCCUGUGCACAGCUUUUGUUGGCCCUCCACGUGAACGUCAGCCGUCCCUGUGGGAUGCGCCAAAAGCGGAAACCCGAGCGGAGAAACCUGACAAUGAGCCAGAUGACGAUGACAAGCUGGCAAAGAGGGUUCGGGCCAUAGCCAUCGGCUCAGCUGGGGGCAUUCUCCUCAGCUUGGCGGUCCAGAGCGUGCUGCGCCCAGAGCCUCCAAAUGUUCCGCAGGCUCAGCUGCAGCGAAGCAGCCAGGGCUUCUCCGAGGCUGGCCCCGACCUCAAUUGGGUUGGUACACUCAGCACCGGGGUAGUGAUCGGACUUGGCGUGGGCUUCAAUGUGGGUACCAAGCAGCAGCCGUCAAGCGAGUCACAAGAAAAGCAGCACAAAGACCACAAAGGCUUGUCGCGCAAAAUAAGUGCUGACAAGCUUUCCGAACUUCAAAGCUCCCAGACCGUGAAGCUGGAGUGA